CAGAAUCAAAGUGGCCGUGCGUGAAAGGCAGCACGAGGCGGGACUUGUUUAGGCAUUGGAAUGGAAUUGUAUCCAUUUUUUAAAUAAAGCACAAAAUGGAUGAUAUCAAGGUUGAACCCAGUUCAGAGGAAGAAACACGGCCUACUGGCAGUGACAUUCAGCACAUCAACAUGAAUCAAGAGGAUGGAGAACCAAUGAAUUUUGUUGAAGUGAAGUGUGAACUGGAGGAAGGUUCACCUGAAGAAUAUAAACCAAAUAACAAUGAACAGGGACUACAUCUGGAGCUUUAUGACUACAGAUGUGCUGCCACUGCAGACGUCCUUUCUCUGGUUGGAGACACAGUCUGUAGUGUGUGCAGGAAGCAGUUUUCCUCCAGAUGCAAACUGAGGAAGCAUGUGAUGACCCACACAGGGGAAAAGCCUUUUCGUUGUGAAGAGUGUGGCAAAAGAUUUAUCGACCGUGAGCAUUUGAAGAGGCAUUCCCGCGUCCAUUCGGGAGAGAGGCCAUUUCAAUGUUCAGUGUGCAAGAAACAGUUCACAGACAAUAGUAUUCUGAAGACGCACUCUCGCAUCCAUACAGUAGAUCAGUCGUACCAAUGUUCCGUGUGCCAUAAGGUGUUCUCAUCCGAAUGGGAUCUGGGGAAGCAUUACCGCAUUCACAGUGGUGAAAAACCCUAUCAUUGCAUGGUUUGUGGAAAACAGUUUUCCCGUAAUGAUUACCUACAAAAGCAUUCUAUAACCCACACUGGAGAGAAACCAUUCCAUUGUGAUGUGUGCAGUAAGCAAUUUUCAUUGAAAGAAGGCCUUCAGCGGCAUGCGCGCACCCACACUGGGGAGAGACCCUUCGAAUGUGCUGUCUGCAGCAAAACAUUUAUUCGACGGGAGCAUUUUAAGAGACACUUCCGUAUGUCUUGUGCAAGACAAGCCAUUGGCUGACAAUUACUCUGAGAACUAUAUUACUAAUGCGUAUGUCCACAGUGCAAGCUCUCUGAAUGUGUGUUCCAUUUCCAGUUUCAUAAUCCGGUUCACUGUGUAGUGACAGCCUGAAGCUCAGCCCAUUACUGCACAACUACUGCAGCAUUUGGAGGGGAUGGCUUUACUUUGCCCUAAUUUUCACAUGCAAGUUGUGUUCCAAACAGGUUUAUAUGAGGCUACAGUACAGUUCUGCAUGAACAUGAGAAAUACUGAAAGAUAUGUAUCCUCUGUAGAUAUACUGGUGGACAUAGUUGAACACAAAUUAUGGAAUAAUUCAGAUGUCUGUAUGAAAAACAAAAUUAGUGAAUUCAUUUAAGAGUUAUAUUCUCCUUUUGAAUAGGUAUUCAUUUAAUAAUGUCCACCACUUAGGUUUCAGUCUGUGCUCAGUAUCAUCCUAAUGUUACCUCAUGGACAAAGAAAAUGGGUUCAUUACAAAUAUGUGCAGAGAUCUUACCUUGUUCCCAGUUGCUCAUGGUGAAUUUGGGUACUUUAUCGGUUUAGUUUUUCUUGGAAUUCAGUGACUUAUGUUUAUAAAAUAGAAAGUUUUAAAAAUAUUGCAAUGAAAAGCAGGUGUAUGAACCCUUUUUAACGUGUUUUCCUUUCUUCUUUUAGUGUAAGAGGUCACCAUUCCAUAUGUGUUUAAUCCUUUUCAACUUUUGAUAUGGCUGGAUUUAACAUAAUGCAUAACCACUGUGUCACUGGAGUUGACCCCCAACCUCAUACAUUUUAAUUUCUUGAAAUUGGUAAUAACAGUGUGGCCGAUACAGGAAUGUAGGAGAUGGGAGUGACAGUAGCACCGCUUAGUACAUAGUUUUUUGGUUAGGCCUAUGCAUGUAAUAAAUCUUUAAAAAAUUCAA